AUGACCCAGUACCACACGGCGCAGUGUGAGAUGUGGCUGCAGGGUCUGUUGCCAGCUACUUCCUAUUUCUUGUCCGUCCAGACGGUGGCCUACUGGGGUCAGAAGAGGCUGAAAAGUCCCAGAGCCCAAAUUGUCGUCAACACAAUAAGUCAUACAGGUGAAGAAUUCUCCAAUGAGCUCCCAUCUUCAUCAUCCUCAUCAUCUCUUCCCUCUUCACCUUCCCUCUCAUCCUCCUCUCCUUCCUCCCCUGACAUCUCCCUCUCCCCCUCUCUGCCUCACCCUGAAUCCUCCCUUAACCCUGGUAACCUGCGCCUGGAGGUCGCCGCCCCUCAUUACCAUGACGACCAGCUGCAGGUUAAGGUGUUCUGGAAGUGGCCUCACCACAGCAAGCAGAAACAUCGGGGUCCAUACAUUUUGCAAUGGCGUCCACAUACCUGCUGUAUAAAUAUUACAAGCACAGACAGAACCACAACUGUUCAGGGCACCCAUCACACCAUCACAGGCCUGCAGUUUGCCUGUAAGUACAGGGUGGCCGUAUCAACGAAGGCUGACCCAGGGACAGAGGCCCUCGCCUGGGUUACAACCCCGACCUGCUCCUCCAUCAAGGUUAGAGGAGGUAAAGCGUUGCCCUGCAACAAUGAAGAGCGCCUCCUGGCAGGCAGAAAGGUAGUACUGCGUCCAGAAAGACUGACCGCAGACUUCCAACAAGUCAAUGGCACCCUGCUCACGACGCUUCGCUGGAGGAUGUCCCAGCAUGCACUUGACCCUGCAGCUGUGGAGGGCUUCCAGUUCACCUGGACGCUGCAAUCAGGGGUUACCACGGCAACAGAGGGGCAGGAGCACACACUUAUCUCCCAGACGAAGACAAUCGCACCGUAUCAGCGGUCUGUGCCACUCUAUGGUCUUCAGGCUGAAAGUGUUUACCAGCUGCAGCUCCAGGUGCUAACAGCAGGGAGAAACAAAGGGGCCACAGUCUUCAAGACCAUACACACUCCAGCUAUCAACGCCACACUCUGAUCGGCCCAAACUCUGCAGAUGUCAUCAUCUGACGCACCAAGCUCUUGAACAUCCCCAACAUCCACUUCUCUACUGUCUAUAGUGCAACAUGUUUAUCAUAGCAGUUCAAGUGCAGACAACAUGAGCUGUAAAAUAUAGAAUGCAACUGUGUAAAAGUGAUCACUCUCAUAAACCAUUGUUCCUACCCUCUUUAAUCAGAAUAUCAGGAUGGUUGUGAGCUUGUUCUAAUGGGAAAUAAAUCAUUCAUCUUUUCUAUGAAUAAUAUUUCAGCUGACCCAAAGACAUGGCCUAAAUCUUUAUUUUUCUGUACAAAUUGUAAAGAAAUAACUGCACAUGGUUCCAAUAUAAAAAGCGACUUAAGUAAAGACACAUCUACCCUAAACAAUAUUUUCCUAUAUUUUUUAUUAAAAUGCAAGCUUUUCAAAAGAUUUCCCCUGUCUAUAUUAAUGCAGGACAUGUAUGUGAAAAGUUAGGUGUUUAGAUUUAUUUCUCAACAUCACUGGAGCCCAAUGACACUUGUAAAGAGACUUAUUAUGCCUGUUGUUUUUGAUCAUGCAAGUAGAGAAUGGUAUAGCACUGACCUUAUGUACAAAUGGAAAUGUGUAGCAACAGACUGACUUUGUUUAUGUUAAUACAUAAUCUGCUGCAAUAACUUUGAAGCCGAAGUGUCUGAGUGGGUGAGCGUAAACUUUUAAUUAAGCUCAAAUAUAUUUUGAAUAUAUUUUUUGUUGGUUAAAAAAAAA